GCCACACAAAGAAAGAUGGACAUCAUCUCGAUCACGUUGACCAUGAUAGCUUCUUCACUAAUCUUUCUUUUCCUAGCUAUCUCUCUUCUCAUGCUGAGAAUCUUCACUGGAAAAUCCAUAAAGAACUCGAACUACCCACCGGUGAAUGGCACGGUCUUCAACCAGCUCCUCUACUUCAACAGACUCUAUGACUACCAGACGGAAACUGCCAAGAACCUGCCAACCUUCCGGCAGCUGACUCCGCAAUCAAGCGAGAUAUACACGACCGACGUGCGAAACAUCGAGCAUAUACUGAAAACCAAUUUCGACAAGUACUCGAAAGGUGAGCAUAACCAGGAUAUUAUGCGUGAUCUUUUUGGGCAGGGGAUAUUCGUAGUGGACGGCGACAGGUGGCGGCAGCAGAGGAAGCUUGCGAGCUUCGAGUUCUCAACGAGAGUUCUUAGAGAUUUUAGCUGCUCUGUGUUUCGAAGAAAUGCUGCCAAGUUGGUCGCAGCUGUUUCCGAGUUAUCGGAUGCCGGUUUGCCUUUUGACAUGCAGGACAUUCUAAUGAGAUGCACAUUAGAUUCCAUAUUCAAAGUUGGGUUUGGGGUAGAAUUGGAGUGCUUGGAGGGAUCAAGUACGGAGGGAAGCAGGUUCAUGAAGGCCUUUGAUGAUUCUAACGCUUUGGUGUAUUGGCGCUAUGUCGAUCCACUCUGGAAGCUUAAGAGGUUUCUCAACAUUGGCUCUGAAGCUCUCCUUAAGAAGAACAUUAAAAUCAUCGACGAUUUUGUGCAUGGACUGAUUAGGACCAAGAGGAAACUGCUAGCUGUGCAACGAGAAUGCAAUGAGAAGGAGGACAUACUUUCGAGGUUUCUGGUGGAGAGCACAAGAAAUCCAGAGAAAAUGGAUGAUCAAUAUCUAAGGGACAUAAUUUUGAGUUUUAUGAUAGCCGGAAAAGAUACAAGUGCAAACACAGUCUCCUGGUUCAUCUACAUGCUCUGCAAGAACCCUCUGAUACAGGAAAAAAUUGCACAAGAAGUGAGAGAUAGUGUAGACGAUGGAGCAAACGUUGAUGAGUUCAUGGCAAAUAUAACUGAUGCAACACUAGAUCGUAUGCAUUAUCUUCACGCAGCAUUGACUGAGACCUUGAGGCUAUACCCUGCAGCUCCCCUGGAUGGGAGGUGUUCGGAUAUGGAUGACAUUCUUCCUGAUGGCUAUAGAGUGAAGAAAGGGGAUGGGGUAUACUACUUGGCCUAUGCCAUGGGCAGGAUGCCUUAUAUUUGGGGAGGAGAUGCUGAGGAGUUCCGGCCAGAAAGAUGGCUAAAAAAUGGGAUCUUUCAACCCGAAUCACCGUUCAAAUUCAUAGCCUUUCACGCUGGUCCUCGAAUUUGUCUGGGAAAGGAGUUUGCUUACAGGCAGAUGAAAAUAGUUUCAAUUGCUCUUCUCCGGUUCUUCCGUUUUAAAUUAGCCGAUGAAACCAAAAAUGUAACUUACAGGACAAUGUUCACACUUCACAUUCAUGGAGGCCUCCAUGUUUGUGCAAUUUCUAGGGCCGGAUCAUAAGUUCUAGAUUUGAUGAAGCUCUAUUAGUAGCUACGUACUGUAAAUUCUAUAAUAAACAUGCCGGAAGCUAGCUAGAACAAAUAUAUAAUAAAUUUCAGAAUUUGGAAAUAUUUGGAGAAAUUA